UUUUUCAAAAGAACCGCCUGAUUCCUGAUUAUUUGUGAUUAGAAAAAAAUUUAAAAUUGUUCAAUAUGAUUUUAUUUCUCUUCUCAUUAUGUGUCCCGAAAAGUGAUUAAAACGUUGAGAAAAAUGAGUCAAAAAAGACCCGCAGCUUCUGGGGAUGUUGAUAAGCGAAUUAAGCUUUCGGCAGAACAAAAGAAAGAAGAAGAAAAUGUCGUCGGUCUAGCACCAGUUGUGCCUUCGUGCAGCAAAGAUACAGAACUGGACACAAUUAAACAAGAAAGGGACGCAUUGAAAGGUAAUUUAGAGGUGCUUGAGUUCGAGUACAAAAGGGCACUCGAACGAAAUGAACGUCUGGAAGAAGAUGAAAGGAAUAAAGAUGGAAUGCAGGCAAGAAUUUUGGUUUUAGAAGAGCAGCUGCAAAAUUAUGAGGCAGAAAACUCGAAUUUAUUGAACGAUGUGUGUAGAGUUGCAGACGACAUGGUCAAAUUAACAGAGAAAUGUAAAAGCUUAGAAGAGGCCGUCCAGAAAGCCGAAGCCGCCCGCAGUCUCUCCACUGCAACUAGUAAUCCGAUAUCUUCUCCGGUAACGAUUAGUGGUGCAUUACCUUCGUGGCCUUUCGAAGUCAUUCGCGAUAUGUUUAAAGCGACUAAAGUCGAAUCGAACGAAGGCACCAUUCUGAGAAAAUUGGCAUUAGAUCACGGCGCUAUUCGUUGUGUUCUUUCGUGUUUAGGAACUUAUGCUCAUUAUGAGAAAACGUGUCCAACUGAUUCCACAAAUACGAAUUCAACAGCAAGUUCUUCAAAAACCGCUCCAAAAAAACCUAGAGUCAUUAAACCUGCAGCCAAAUCAAAACAAGUUUGGGCUAAGGGGACCGGAUUUGCAAGUGGGAGUACGUCCGGAAAAUGGGAUGUGAACCAAAUGCUGAAUAAACGACGUGUUGAAGAGGAAAAUGUCGCCAUACUUUUGGAGGUACUGGCAUAUUUUGUAAACUCGGACGACAAAUUACGUGAUAAACCAUCUUUGAUUUUGGAAGAAAUGGAUGAUUUGAACCAGGAUUUUGCGCCGGCCGAUCAACUUCCAUUACCUGCCGAAUUUCUGAAUUUGGUUGAAAAUUCGUGCCUGAUAGCAGUUUUGUCGUCAUACCUUCGAAAUGAUUCGGUUUUAGACAUAGUUGGUCGAAUACCUCUCUACCAGUCCAUUUUGAUGCUGUUAAGAGUGAUCACUUUUCACCAUCAAAUGGUGAAACUUCUUUUUCCUACGUCGCCUGAUGAUCGUUCAAUUGUUGAUUUAUUAAGAGGGAUGGAACGUGGAAUUGAUGCAUAUUGGUCUACGUUAACGAAAAAUGAAGUAGCCUCGUCCAGUUCUGCAGAUAAAGAACUCUCUGACUUUGUGUGUAAUAUGAGCACAACAAGUACAAUUGUUGAGAUUAUGGUCGCGAAAAUGAAUCCGCAAGCUCCUCCAAAAAUCGAAGCUCCUGCCUCAAUUGAAGACAUUUAUUUGCGUAUCAUGGCGGAAUUGCAAUUUGGAUUUUAUGAUAUGAUUUCGGAAAGUUCCGACAGAUUCAACGUCGCGUAUCACUAUGAGCGAAUUUCCCGGGCCGAUGAGAAGAAGAACACUCCGGCUCGGGUAAGGCAUCUUGCGUUGGAAACUACUUCCCUUCGUACCACGUUGCCCCUCUCGUACAGCUCGUCCAUAUUUGUUAGACGUGACACUAAUCGUCUGGAUAUGAUGAAAGCACUAAUAGUAGGUCCAGCGGAAACUCCAUAUUCGAAUGGAUGUUUUAUUUUCGAUAUUUUUUUUCCGGCGAAUUACCCUAAUGGACCAAUGCUGGUCAACUUGGAAACAACGGGCAGAGGCUCAAUUAGGUUCAAUCCUAACCUAUACAAUGACGGUAAAGUCUGCCUUAGCGUCCUCAACACGUGGACCGGUAGUCCCGAAGAAAGAUGGAACGCGAAAACAUCGAGCCUAUUACAAGUUUUGGUGUCGAUUCAGAGUUUAAUUUUAGUACCGGAUCCGUAUUUUAACGAGCCGGGUUAUCAAACUUCUCGUAAUACCGUGCCCGGGCAACAAGAAUCGCGAGCUUAUAACGCGAGAAUUAUUCAAGCUACUGUACUAUGGGCGAUGCUAGAACAGCUGAGAAACCCAUCUCCUGUUUUUAAAGAAAUUAUACAAACUCAUUUUUACCUCAAACGUAACGAAAUUCUAAUGGAAAUAAAAAAAUGGAUCGCGGAAAUGGCUAAUACCGAUACCAGCGCUUUGAAGGCAAAUGCCAAGCUUUUAAUCAACGAAUUCAGGAAUCUACAGCGUCCUGAAGGAGUCGAAGAAAAUGCUGUACUCGCAUUCGUCGUGCCACCUGAGCUGGAGAUAUUACCGAAUUAGGUAAUUUUUUCUCGUUUUAUUUUUAAUAUGUUUGUGUUUUCGUUUUUGUGCCUUUUUUAAAAUAUCGUGUCUUUUUUUAUUCGUUAAGGUUCUCAGUCAUGAUAUUUUUCACAGUUUUGUGUGUGUUUCUUAUCGUUAUGGUCAUUUGUAUUCACUCGAUAAGGGUAUUAUUUUGUUAGUGAAUUUUUUACAAGGUAUCUAAUCAUUAUUUUUAAGAAUUACCUAGUUGUUUUAGUGAGUUAAUCUGUAUUUUACGAGUCCAUAUUUUAAACCCCAUAACUUUAAUCAUUUUGGGUUACAUGUUGUCAGAGUUAUUUUGCGGCCAUAUGAGAUCAUUGAGAUUCUCUUGUAAAAAAAGUCGAGGUUUUUUCAUUUAUCCGUAAUGAUUUCAAUUGAAAAGUUCCUUAGUUCCUUAGGAGCUUUUUUGCUUAGCUGGAGUACUUUUCUCGCUUCAAUCUCAGUAUAAUAUUUUUGUAUCGAUAUUUUGUAUUUGUAUCAUGUAAUUUUAAAACUUCAUCGUUUUCAUCUCUCAACUUAAAUGUGUAUUGGAUUACUUAUUUUCAAAGUUGAUAGUUGUCGUUGUUUGGCUCUUUCGAUUUUUACUGCGUGUUUCUAAGUUGAAGUUUUACGAAUAUAGUAUUAAUUUUAUUCAUUUGUGAUGAUCUAAAUAAUAUUUUCUCCUAUGUGGGCUGCGAAUGAUACAGCCAAUAGAUUAGUCAAAUUGAAGCGUUGAUUUGUAAUUUAUUCCUCCUAAACAUUGUGAUAUUAGGUACGUUAGAAUCUUUUUGUCCAAUGAAUACACCGGAGCAUUACUGAGAUUUUAUGUGAUGUAAUCUCUAGUCCAGAAUUCUGGCAUGUGAUCAUUUUUUGUGAUAAGCUUUUUCACGCUUCUCUCUCUCACUAUUACAAGUUGGAAAAUGUAUUUUAAAGAUAAGAAAAUCAAUUUUUUGAAAUGUCCAUGUCUUUCUUUGAACGUUUAUUAUUUUUUGAAUAUUAUUUUUAUAUCGUUUUUAUACGUAUGAUAUUUGUCUCUCUCAUUAUUAUAUGUAAGUUGAAGAAAGUAGGUAUUUUAAAGAUAGAAAACUCCAUUUUAUUGGUACGAGUAUAUAGUAAGUAUGUAUUUCAAUGUCUUCCUUUAAACGUUCAUUAUUUUUUUUAAUUUUUUACAUCGUUUUUAUACGUACGAUAUUUGAAAGAUUUUUUUUAUUAAAUAUAAUGAGUUGUGUCUCUU